AUGGUCAGAACAUCUAGCAAGAGGCUCGGGUCGGCCUCCAAGAACAAGAAGAAGGAAAAGGCUGCGGCCGCCCUCCAGCCCAAGGCCCCCCUGCCCGUCACGCUGUUGUCCGGCUUCCUCGGCAGCGGCAAGACGACGCUGCUCCAGCACGUCCUCAAGACCAACCACGGCCUCAAGAUCGCCGUCAUUGUCAACGACAUUGGUGCCGUCAAUGUCGACGCGUCCCUGAUCAAGAGCAGCACCAUCACGCAGUCUAAAGAAAAGGUCAUUGCCCUGCAGAACGGUUGCAUUUGCUGUACGCUGCGCGGCGAUCUGCUCGAAGAGCUCGUGCGCCUGUCGGCCCUGCAGCAGUUUGACUAUGUCCUAGUGGAGAGCAGCGGCAUCAGCGAGCCCGAGCAGGUGGCCGAGACGUUUGACGCGCGGCUGGCCGACGCGAUGGCCCUGGCGGCCGACGGGCCGGACGCGCUGGACGCGGGCGUGCGCAAGGCGCUGCGCGCCAUCCGGCGGGCGGGCGGCCUCGACAAGUUUGCCAAGCUCGACACGACCGUCACCGUCAUCGACGCGUUCACGCUCUUCCACGACUUUGACACGGACGACAUGCUGUCGAGCCGGCGCGACGACGUCGAUGCCGCGGACGAGCGCACCGUCUCGGACCUGAUGGUCGACCAGAUCGAGUUUGCCGACGUCAUCGUGCUCAACAAGGUCGGCCUGGUCGACGCGCCGACCCUGGCACGCAUACGGGCGCUCCUCCAGCGCCUCAACCACCGGGCCCGGAUCCUCGAGACCAACUACGGCCGCAUCGACGACCUGACGUCGAUCCUGAACACGGGCCUCUUCAGCCUCGAGCAGGCCCAGACCGGCUACGGCUGGCUCCAGGACCUGCACGCCAUGACGGUGCGCCAGGUCAACGGCAAGAACGUCGUGACGCCCAAGCCCGAGACGGAGGAGUACGGCGUGCAAAACUUUGUCUACACGCGCCGGCGGCCGUUCCAUCCGCGCCGGCUGUACACGCUGCUCUACGACAAGUUUAUCUUGCAGAUGGAGCACCCGGACGACGAAGACGACGACGAUGACGACGACGAGGGCGGCGCGGCGGGCGACGCCUGCGAGAUGGACGUGGAUGGCCUGGGCAGCGAGGGCGACAGCGAGGAUAGCAUGCUCCGGGAUGCUCCAGACAAGGAGGAGGGCGACAACAACGGCGUCGGCGGCGACGACGACGACGGCGACGAAUGGGGCGGCAUCGACGACGCUCCCCCGGCAAACAGCGUCAUCCUCGCCAACAAGCGCGCCUCGCCGCUCUUCCGCCGCCUCUUCCGCUCCAAGGGCGAGUUCUUCCUGGCCACCCGGCCCCAGCAGGCCGGCGAGUGGUCCCAGGCCGGCGCCAUGCUGACGCUGCGCGGCGGUCGGCCCUGGUUCGUGACGCUCCCGCCGGAGGACUACAUGACCGGCGAUGCCGACGUCGACCGCCUCGUGCAGUUUGACCUCAAGUCCGGCGGCGAGUGGGGCGACCGCCGGCAGGAGUUGGUCUUCAUCGGCGAGUCGCUGGACGUGGCCGGCCUCGAGGCGGCGCUGGAUGCGUGCCUGCUGGACGACGAGGAGUUUGCCCAGUGGGAGGCGCUGAUGCGCAAGGCUGCCUUGGACGAGGAUACGGACAGCAAUGACGCCGGGGCGGACGGCGAGGACGCCAAGGACAACGGCAAGCGGACCAGCAGAGAGAGGCUGGAAGCCGCCCUCCAGGACCUGUUUGAGGACGGCUUCCCGGACUGGCCACCGCCGGAUGAGGUUCUUACGAUGGACCACGAGGGCCACAACCACAAAUAA